AUGCUGGGGGAGCUACUUGGGACCCUGAUCCCUGUGCUGGGGACAAAAUUUUUCCAAUUCCUUCUCCUUUGCUUUGUUUUCCUGGCUUUGCUGGUGUGUUAUCACUCCUACACAGUAUCCCAGAUCAAAAGUGCCAUACAUGGUUUCAUUCCUCUCUUUCAGAAGAUUAGGUUGUUGGGGUUCAGGAGGACUGACUGA